AUGGAAAGACGACAUACAAAUGCAUAUAUCAACGCGUUGGAAGCGCGCGUCGCAAGCUUGGAGAAACAACUCGCCCAGCGCAACGGUGAUCCUGGGACGCCAGACUCUACAAAGGGCAGCAGUAACUGUGACCAUGAGGAGGUGGCCUUCGUAAGCAGUACCCAAGCUUCUCAACCGGACCCAAACAGUACAACAAGCGAAGAAGACAUGGAUGAUCUCGCAAAUGCCCUCGGUUGCUUCACUCUUGGUGAGAUUGGAGAGUUGCGCUAUUUCGGUGCAUCCAGCAACUUUUCCAUCAUUCACAACCACGCUAUCAAGGUUCCAUCAUCAAUUCAAGCCAGAAAUCGCGGCAUAGAGGCCGCUAAUAACAUGCCUGAUUUCAUCACACCUUCUGACGAGAUGCGCGACCACCUACUGGAGAUCUUCUGGCGAUGGCAGAACUCUUGGCAGUACAUCGUCCCAAGAGAGCUGUUUGUCCGGGAUUUAUACGUUGAGAAGAAUGGACGAUACUGCACGCCUUCGCUCAUGGCGGCCAUUCUAGCUAUGUCGUCACGGUACUCUCCGAGAUUAGAGCUUCGCACAGAUCCCGAUGACGCCAACACGGCGGGUGAAGCAUUUGCCGCUCAAGCCAAGACUAUGCUUCAUUACGAAUGCGAAGCUCCAACGACAUCUACAGUUCAAGCAACAGCACUUCUGGGCCUGUACUGGGCGACUAUUGACAAUGAGGGUCUCGGAUUCAUGUAUAUCGGUAUGGCGACAAGAAUGGCCAUGAAUUUGGGCCUUCACUGCGACUGUUCGCCAUACGCUUCCAAAGGCUUAGUAUCCGAUGAUGAUGUGGAAGCUAGGAACGUCACUUUCUGGGGUGUAUAUGUCUUGGACAAGUACGUUGACCGAAGAGCACUGGCGUGUUUUUGA